UUGGGUUGGAGAACUUGCAUUCCUACAUGUCCUUUGGAUAUGCGGUCCUGGUGUGACCCCAACACAGAAGGUGCCCUAAUAACUUCCCCGCUUUUCUUCCAAUGUCUUAGGCUUCCGCCUCUUCUCCUCAUCAGUGCCAGGAGACUGUGGGAGCCAGAACCUCAGGCUGUGGGAAGGCAGCGACAGCGGUACCUGCAGCUCCAGGUGAGAUGCUGCUCUGGCAGGUGUGCAUGACAGAGGUGGAGCUGGCCAGCCAGGCAGCUGGCUUAGAGGCUGCAGCUGAUGACAGGACUCAUCUCUGAUGGGGAGGUCUGGCAUUUUACACAUCCUGCAGCAGGUGGUGGGGAUCCCAGGCCGCCCACCCAGCCGUGUCCGACCCUUGCGAUGCUCCCAAGGCUACCCCCUCCCUUCCCCAGCACUUGGGAUUCCCAGGUGUGUCAAUAGUGAUUAAUUUAUAAUAAGCAUGGCUAGUAGUCAUCCAUACCCCUCUUCUCCGUGAAUUGGUCUGAUCCUCUUUUUAAAGCCAUCUUAAGUUGGUGGCCGCUGCCGCAUAUUGCAGGAGCGAAUUCCAAGGUUUUAACUCUACCACCGUUUUGCCUGUAACUCUUUCCAGUGAGCAGGACAGUGACGAAGAAUGGCAGAGGUGCCAGGAAGCCACGGUGACAGCAGCAGACAUCCUGAAACAUAGCGGCCUCCCAGCAGUGCUCCAGAAUUCCAGCCAGGACCACCACUGCCCGGCCACGGAGCCCAGCCAGAAGAAGAAAAGGAGGAAAAAGAAGGCAAAAAUGAAUGGCGAGAACAGCAAUCAGCAGGAGGCCAGAGAAGGAGCAUGUCAUGGGACUGAAGGGCCCUCGGGCUUCGAUGGAGCAAGCAGGAGAGGAGAGAACGCGAGUACGGAGGAUAGGGCAGUGAUGAAGAAGAGGAAGAAGAAGAAGAAAAGGGGGAAAGUGGAAAUAAGGAUGGAGUGA